UUAUUUGUUAUAAAUAUUAAACACAUUUGUGUAUUUUAUUAAAAAGUAUUUUGUUCAAAAUUUGAUAAAUUAAAUAUUAAGUGAAUAAAUAUUAAGUGUAGUGUUGAAAUGGCCCAAUUUGUCACUCAUAUACAGCCAACAUUGUUGGAGGCCUCACAAGGCCAUGUACCGCAUCAUCAUGGUCAUCAAGUUGGUGUACAGCAUUCAUCGCAUUUACCACAUAGUGGACACAAUAUGCCUUCACCACCUACAGCUCACAACCAUCAUCAACACCACUCGAAUCAUCAUCACAAUCAUCAUCAUCAAAAUCCACCGUUACAGAUCGCAUCACCGCCAACAGGACACAAGGAAAAUAUUCUUCAUGGCAAACACGGUGUUGGUGGCAAGCAUGAACAUUGUCCUAGCGGACAUCAAAGCUCGGGCGAUGGAAAUACAUCGUUUUUGCGUGCUGCCAGAGCUGGAAACUUGGAAAGAGUACUCGAACACUUAAAAAAUAAUAUUGACAUAAACACUAGCAAUGCAAAUGGCUUGAAUGCAUUGCAUUUGGCUUCCAAAGAUGGUCACAUACAUGUUGUAUCAGAACUUUUGCGUCGUGGUGCAAUCGUUGACAGUGCCACAAAAAAAGGUAACACAGCAUUGCAUAUUGCAUCGCUCGCUGGACAGGAGGAGGUGGUGAAACUAUUAUUAGAACACCAUGCAUCAGUAAAUGUUCAAUCACAAAAUGGAUUUACGCCACUAUACAUGGCCGCUCAAGAGAAUCACGAUUCAGUAGUUAAAUUGCUUUUAUCCAAUGGUGCUAAUCAAAGUUUAGCAACAGAGGAUGGCUUCACACCAUUGGCUGUAGCAAUGCAGCAAGGACAUGAUAAAGUCGUUGCUGUAUUAUUAGAGAGUGAUACACGUGGUAAAGUACGUCUGCCAGCUCUGCACAUAGCAGCAAAAAAGGAUGAUGUAAAAGCUGCGACUCUAUUAUUAGAUAAUGAUCACAAUCCCGACGUUACUUCCAAAUCUGGCUUUACACCAUUGCAUAUUGCCUCACAUUAUGGCAAUCAAAAUAUAGCUAAUUUAUUAAUACAAAAAGGUGCAGAUGUUAAUUAUUCGGCUAAACAUAAUAUCAGUCCAUUGCAUGUCGCUGCGAAAUGGGGCAAGACUAACAUGGUUUCACUUUUAUUGGAAAAGGGUGCGAACAUAGAGGCAAAAACUCGUGAUGGUUUGACACCACUGCAUUGUGCUGCACGUUCUGGACACGAACAAGUUGUUGAUAUGCUACUCGAACGUGGUGCGCCAAUAAGUGCUAAAACUAAGAACGGUUUGGCACCAUUGCACAUGGCAGCACAAGGCGAGCAUGUAGAUGCCGCACGUAUUUUACUCUAUCAUCGUGCUCCUGUCGAUGAAGUGACUGUGGAUUAUUUAACAGCAUUGCACGUUGCUGCACAUUGUGGUCAUGUGCGCGUCGCUAAAUUACUUUUAGAUCGAAAUGCUGAUGCAAAUGCACGUGCUUUAAAUGGCUUUACACCAUUGCAUAUUGCCUGUAAGAAGAAUCGCAUUAAAGUUGUUGAAUUGUUAUUGCGACACGGUGCUAGUAUAAGUGCAACUACUGAAAGUGGUUUAACGCCUUUACACGUUGCAGCAUUUAUGGGCUGCAUGAAUAUUGUCAUAUAUUUACUACAACAUGAUGCUAGUCCUGAUGUACCCACAGUACGUGGUGAAACACCAUUGCAUUUGGCUGCCAGAGCCAAUCAGACUGAUAUUAUACGCAUUUUAUUGCGCAACGGUGCACAGGUUGAUGCACGAGCACGUGAACAGCAGACGCCAUUGCAUAUUGCAUCACGUUUAGGUAAUGUUGACAUUGUUAUGCUUUUGCUACAACAUGGUGCUCAAGUUGAUGCAACUACCAAGGAUAUGUAUACAGCUUUGCAUAUUGCUGCCAAGGAGGGACAGGAUGAGGUUGCUGCUGUGUUGAUUGAGAAUGGUGCAGCAUUAGACGCUGCCACCAAAAAAGGUUUUACACCUCUACAUCUAACAGCGAAAUAUGGUAAUAUUAAAGUUGCACAACUCCUGUUGCAAAAGGAGGCAGAUGUUGAUGCACAAGGCAAAAACGGUGUAACACCACUUCAUGUUGCUUGUCAUUAUAAUAAUCAAAAUGUAGCAUUACUCUUACUCGAAAAAGGUGCUAGUCCACAUGCUACAGCUAAAAAUGGUCAUACACCAUUACAUAUUGCAGCACGUAAGAAUCAAAUGGAUAUUGCAUCAACUUUACUGGAAUAUGGAGCUCAAGCAAAUGCGGAAAGCAAAGCCGGUUUUACACCACUUCACUUAAGUUGCCAGGAGGGCCACACUGAUAUUUCUAAUUUACUUAUCGAACAUAGAGCUGGUGUAAAUCAUCCAGCUAAGAAUGGUUUGACACCAAUGCAUUUAUGUGCUCAAGAGGAUAAUGUAAAUGUUGCUGAAAUUUUGCAACGUAAUGGCGCCAAUAUUGAUAUGGCCACUAAGGCUGGUUACACACCAUUGCAUGUAGCUUCCCAUUUUGGACAAGCAAAUAUGGUACGAUUUCUCUUACAACAUGGUGCCAAUGUCGACGCAUCUACAUCAAUUGGCUAUACACCAUUACAUCAGACUGCACAACAAGGACAUUGUCAUAUUGUCAAUUUGUUAUUAGAACAUAAGGCUAAUGCAAAUGCUCAGACUGUCAAUGGACAAACACCCUUACAUAUAGCACGAAAAUUGGGUUAUAUAAGUGUUUUGGAUUCAUUGAAAUCAAUAACAAAUGAAGAGGAUGCUUCAGCACAAAUGGAUGAAAAAUAUCGUGUUGUCGCUCCUGAGGCUAUGCAUGAGUCUUUUAUGUCAGAUUCAGAAGAAGAAGGAGGCGAAGAUAACAUGCUUUCCGACCAACCCUAUCGCUAUUUGACUGUUGAUGAAAUGAAAUCUCUAGGAGAUGAUUCGCUGCCAAUUGAUGUGACCCGUGAUGAACGUAUCGAUUCCAAUCGUAUGGCACAAAGUGCUGAAUAUGCCGGAGGUGUUUUAGGGCAACAGCAACCAAUUGCUGAAGAAAUAAUAAGUCCACAUAAAGUUCAAGUACAUGGCGCUGGUAAAACAACUGUAGAUGGUGUUUUCAUGGGUAACGGAUUGCAUGAAGAACAGCCACAUAUAGGGCGCAAGCUUUCUUGGAAGAGCUUUUUGGUAUCUUUUCUGGUUGAUGCACGAGGUGGUGCUAUGCGUGGUUGUCGUCAUAGUGGCGUACGCAUGAUUGUACCUUCACGUUCGACAUGCCAACCUACGCGUGUAACUUGUCGUUAUGUUAAACCACAACGCACAAUGCAUCCACCACAAUUAAUGGAAGGUGAAGCUUUGGCGAGUCGUGUGCUCGAAUUGGGUCCAGUUUCUACUAAAUUUAUUGGACCUGUUGUCAUGGAAGUACCACACUUUGCUUCAUUACGUGGCAAAGAGCGUGAAAUAGUUAUACUUCGUUCAGAUAAUGGUGAAACUUGGCGUGAGCAUACAAUUGAAAACUCAGAAGAAAUAAUACAUGAUGUAAUGCAACAAUGCUUUGAACCAGAAGAAAUUGCCCAAUUGGAAGAACAAGGUGGUAAUCAUGUUUGUCGUUUCGUUACUUACGAUUUUCCACAAUAUUUCGCUGUCGUCUCUCGUAUACGGCAAGAGGUGCAUGCAAUUGGACCAGAGGGUGGUAUGGUUUCCAGUACAGUAGUACCACAAGUGCAGGCCGUUUUCCCACAAGGUGCACUCACCAAAAAGAUAAAAGUUGGCUUACAGGUAAAUCUAUUUAAACCACGCAAAGGCGUUGCGCCAGAAAAACUACGUAAAAUAAGUGUUAAUCAUGUACCAAAAAAGAAGCGCUUCUCGCUUAUUUGGUAAAUAUUUUAGAAGCACUAAUCAAAUAUAAAAAAGUUGAACAUUAACGAUAUCUAAAUGAUAGUUAAGUAUACAUAGGGCUUCAUAUAUAUUAAGA